GUCUGCUCGUUUUAUAUAUUAAUGUAUUUUAUUUCCAGCAGAUGGACCCACAAGCAGGAAUAUCUCAGAAGGACAUCUAAUGUUAUCCCUGGAUUGUGAAAUAACAGAUAACGACAGUAGACAGGAUUCUCCAGGAGAUAACCUCAUUAUCCCAAUUAUACAUCCAGCUCUAUCAACUGAUCCCCCUGAUCCUGGGAAAUCUUCUCCUGAUCACUCUGAUAUUGGUGCAUCUAUUACAGCUCUGAGAUUAGAUACAGAGUUUCCCUGUUCUACAGAUGCCAAAUGUUUUACACAGAACACAAACCGUAUUACUCAUCAGCCAGCUAAGGCAGGUGAGAGGCUAUUUCCAUGUUCUGAGUGUGGGAAAUGUUUUACAUAUAAAUCAGAUCUUGUUACACAUCAGAGACGUCACACUGGUGAGAAGCCAUUUCCAUGUUCUGAGUGUGGGAAAUUUUUUACAAGUAAAUCAAAUCUUGUUGCACAUCAGAGACGUCACACAGGUGAGAAGCCGUAUUCCUGUUCUGAGUGUGGGAAAUGUUUUGCACAGAAAUCUGAUCUUUUUAAACAUCAGAGAAGUCACACAGGUGAGAAGCCGUAUUCCUGUUCUGAGUGUGGGAAAUGUUUUGCAUCGAAAUCAUAUCUUGUUACACAUCAGAGAAGUCACACAGGUGAGAAGCCGUAUUCCUGUUCUGAGUGUAUGAAAUGUUUUCCACAGAAAUCAGAUCUUAUUACACAUCAGAGAAGUCACACUGGUGAGAAGCCAUUUCCAUGUUCUGAGUGUGGGAAAUUUUUUGCAUCGAAAUCAAAUCUUGUUACACAUCAGAGAAGUCACACAGGUGAGAAGCCGUAUUCCUGUUCUGAGUGCGGGAAAUGUUUUACAUCGAAAUCGGAUCUUUUUAAACAUCAGAGAAGGCACACAGGUGAGAAGCCGUAUUCCUGUUCUGAGUGUAUGAAAUGUUUUACACAGAAAUCAGGUCUUGUUACACAUCAGAGAAGGCACACAGGUGAGAAGCCGUAUUCCUGUUCUGAGUGUAUGAAAUGUUUUCCACAGAAAUCAGGUCUUGUUACACAUCAGAGAAGUCACACUGGUGAGGAGCCAUUUCCAUAUUCUGAGUGUGGGAAAUUUUUUACAAAUAAAUCAAAUCUUGUUGCACAUCAGAGACGUCACACAGGUGAGAAGCCGUAUUCCUGUUCUGAGUGUGGGAAAUGUUUUGCACAGAAAUCUGAUCUUUUUAAACAUCAGAGAAGUCACACAGGUGAGAAGCCGUAUUCCUGUUCUGAGUGUGGGAAAUGUUUUGCAUCGAAAUCAAAUCUUGUUACACAUCAGAGAAGUCACACAGGUGAGAAGCCGUAUUCCUGUUCUGACUGUGGGAAAUGUUUUGCAUCAAAAUCAAAUCUUGCUGCACAUCAGAAAAGUCACACAGAUGAGAAGCCGUAUUCCUGUUCUGAGUGUGGGAAAUGUUUUGUAUCGAAACCAAAUCUUGUUACACAUCAGAGAAGUCACACAGGUGAGCAGCCAUAUUCCUGUUCUGAGUGUGGGAAAUGUUUUGCACACAAAUCAUCUUUUGUUAGUCAUCAGAGAAGUCACACAGGUGAGAAGCCGUAUUCCUGUUCUGUGUGUGGGAAAUGUUUUCCACAGAAAUCGGCUCUUGUUACACAUCAGAGAAGUCACACAGGUGAGAAGCCGUAUUCCUGUUCUGAGUGUGGGAAAUUUUUUGCAACAAAAUCAAAUCUUGUUACACAUCAGAGAAGUCACACAGGUGAGAAGCCGUAUUCCUGUUCUAAGUGUGGGAAAUGUUUUAGACAGAAAUCACAUCUUGUUACACAUCAGAGAAGUCACACAGGUGAGAAGCCAUUUUCAUGCUGUGAGAGAAAUAUAUAUGUUGAACAUAUUAGACAUUACCCAAGCAUGGAACCAUUUAAAUCUUCUGGAGUAUAAUUAUCACUGUCAUGCAAUGUUCCUCAAGGGUCAAUCCUAUCUCCUAUCUUCAUGCAAUAUACAGUCUGGUCCAUAUAUAUUGGGACAUCGACACAAUUCUCAUAUUUUGAGCUCUAUACACCACCACAAUGGAUUUGAAAUUAAACAAACAAGAUGUGCUUUAACUGCAGACUUUCCGCUUUAAUUUGAGGGUAUAUACAUCAAAAUCAGGUGAACGGUGUAGGAAUUAAAAUGGUUUUUAUAUGUGCCUCCCACUUUUUAAGGGACCAAAAGUAAUGGUACAAACUAAACAAUCCUAAAUCAAAUAUUGUAAAUCAGAUCAGUGCGCUCGUCCAGUUCAACAAAAAGUACUUUACUACUUAAUGUGGUCGCAGCCCGGAUCAGUGUUUCGUGAAUUGAGCUUUGACAUAUUUUCCAAGGGCGAUCUGAUUACCAUCUCCUAGAUGAAGACCUGGAUACAAUAUCCAUACUGAUAUGCAAAUAUUUAUUUAUCUGGUACGCAUAUAAAUUUUGUGAUAACUGAAUUUAAUCCCACAUACGGAAAUAUACUACGCUAUAUAGCGAUUCUUUGUGUCUCCUAGCAGCAUUUAGAUCCCAGUAGUAACCUGGACUAAAGAAUGGGGGACUGAUACGCCAUGUGUCAAGCCGUAAUCCGUACGCUAUAAUAUUCUUGCG